AUGGGCACAUCUGAGACGGAGAACAAGCCAUCUCCAGACAUCUCAGAAAAUGUGUCGCAGGAAACCCGUGAAGAGAUGCUUUCUAGGCAUAGGUUAACUGCUUGGAUCUACUUUGGCUCAUUAUUUGUCAACUAUUGUUGGAAGAAAGAGAUUUCCGAACUGCAUAACAAGGAAAUGCCAAUGAAAAAGGCAGCUGCAAAAGGCAGUAAGGCUGAGCAGAAAGCAAAGAAGAAACAAGUGGAGGAUGGAAUAUCCAAUCUUUCUGCUGAAACAAAAGCAUGCAGAGGAACUUGCCUCGGUUGUGCCAACAAUGAUGGGUCAAAGCCCAGCAAGAGUGUUCAGAGGCAUGAUAAAAGAGCUGAACAAGAAGUUGCUAGGGAACAAAGAAUUCAAGAAGAGCAGAGUAACAUAAAUGCUGAAGAGGAAGAAUCUGAUAAUAAGAUUGCAGAGAGGUUUCAAAGUUAUUGUAAAGAUGUGAAGUCAACCGCAACAUGGGGUGGACAGUUAGAACCUGGAGCACUAACUCACUGCUUGAAGAAACAUAUCAUGAUCUAUUCAGGAUCCUUCCCUGAUGUAGAGAUGGGAAGCAUCAACCUUUCUUACCAUCGGCAUGCAUUCGGUCUUGGUGAACAUUACAACUCUGUUGUUCCUAUCAAUAGGAUAAGAAAGCAAUGCAUUAAUAGGCUUAUUGGUUUCACCAAAUUCAGCCAACCUCAUUUCAGUUUUGUGCGAAAAGUAUGA